AUGUUCGGACUCGGCAGGCCGCAGCCCACUUCGGCCGAGAAGAUUGCCGCCGUUGAGAACGAGCUCAAGGUUGUCGCUGAGAUGCACUCUCGCAUGGUCAAGAUCUGCACCCUCAAGUGCAUCGACAAGACGUACCGCGAGGGCGACCUCAGCAAGGGCGAGUCCGUCUGCCUCGACCGCUGCGCCGCCAAGUUCUUUGAGACGCACCAGAAGAUCUCGGACCAGCUGCAGAAGGAGACCCAGGCCCGUGGUGGAGGUGGCUUCGGCAUGUAA